AUGCGAAUCCUCUUCCACCCUCAAUUGCGCACUGCGCUUCCAAAGUCUGUCCAAAGAGAUCUUUGUGCUCGAGUAUGGACCCGUUUCAAAUCACAGGCUCCGCGACCAUCCCGUCGUCAGGAAGCAGCUUCGCCCGCACCUAAAGACUUGAGCGCCGCGACAACACGAACUUCCUCUCCUGCAGGCGCUGCCGCUAAGAUAAGCAUCAGGAGAGGACCCCCGGAGCGCAUUUUGGUCUACUAUGGAGGAACGGGCCGGUCCAUGUUCCUAGGCAUACUGCGGGUGACGACAAUUCUUCUCUUUGGUGGAGCUUGCUUGAUCAUUGCUCCCUCUUGUUACAAUGCCGACAAUGCAUGGUACAUUACACCAUUGGUGAUUGCUGGCGGCGCAUUGCCAAUGUUCUUUGUCGCUUAUACAUCAGCACCCUACGUCAGCUUCAUUCACCUCGCACUCCCCGCAUUCGCAAGGAAAUCCCGCGAGACGGCUAUCCAAUACGCAAAAGACCUACCACCCACAACUACAUUGAUUCUCACAACGACGAGGUUCAAUGCAAUUCCCCGACAGACGGCGGUCCGUCUAGGAGAUAUUAUGCCCGAUAAAAGUCCAUUUCGUCCUGUGACUUUCCGAAACGUGAAUCCCGCUCCCCGGUCUUGGUGGAUGGGCAGGCCUACCACGCAAUUCUUUGCGGCUGAUCACAGUCAGCCUGGCAGACAAUCAACGGCAUUCUAUCCUGAGCUGUGGCCGGAUAUCUACAAGAGGAUACAAAGCCAAGUGGCGCAGCGGCGAUGA